AACACACAACACAGCUGAAACGUUUUCGUCUGCCAUAUAGCUCAGUGAUAACACGACCUCACUUUAUAAGUUGACUGUGGGUUAUAUAGCGCGCUCCAAUUCCACAAUUGUGUAGGAGGUAAAGGUGUAACACAAAACCACUUUCACGAGUACAUAUACUCUUACUUUAGUGAUCGGUAGUACACGUACAUCAUGUGUGUGGCUAUCAUCAUUAUUUUAUUGGCGGUCUCUACAUACGGUUGUCAUGGCCAGGUACCAGAUGCAGUAAAUCUGCCCAGACAAUGGCAAGACCUUGUAUCGGUAGUUGACCAAAAAAUUGGUCAAAUGGAAAACCUGGUGAACAUUCAAGAUCAACGCAUCGACCAGCUGGAAAAUAAACUACAAACUCAAGUUUCUGAAAUAACGUCGCUAAAACGUUUAAUGAAUCUAAAGGAUGUUGUUCUAACAAAAUUGAUGAAACAAGUUGCGGAUUUAGAGAAUCGUGUGGAUAUAAGUCCUAACACAGAUAUCAAUGGAAACAUACCAGGGAACACCACACGAUUCCCUGAAGAAUCAACUACCUUAACCAAUCGGAGUUCUGUUGUCCCGGAACAGCCGUAUGCUGUUCUUAGGGACUCUCGCGUACAUUCACCCAGCGAAGACAAUGAACAGGUCAGCGUGGAACUCCAAGACGCAUCCAGGGACUUGACGAGAUCAGCACAUUCCAAUCGUGCAGCCUAUCAAGAACAGGUUGCUUUCCACGCCUAUCGUACCUCAACUGUAACCCUUGGCUCACUAGCCACGGUAGUGUUUGACCACGAGACACUAGACCAAGGGGAUGGAUAUAACCCCCGUGACGGGAUAUACGUGGUACCAGAGUCUGGCAUAUACGUCAUCACAUGGACUAUGAUUUCCUUGGGCCGCUGUGCAUUCCAAAAUCAACUGGUUGUAAACGGAGCGACAAGAGGGAAUACUUGGACAGAUUCAGAAGAAAUUGCGGACAGCCACCAAGUGACAGGGACCGUGCUUAUCAACUUGAAUCAAGGCGAUCGUCUCUUUAUUCGCAUGGGUCGAAUAUAUCGUAGCGGCGGAAUCUUCAGUGAUGCUUCUUAUGCCAACCCUACGUUUUCAGGCUGGAAACUUGGUUGAAUUAAAAUGGCAGGCAAUUUGAUUUCUUUUAACUUUAACUUUGUGUUAUAUCUAAUUUUAUUUUAUGAAAUUCUGGGAGAAUAAAAGAAAUCCUCUUCAA